AUGAAGAAGGCCACCGGCGAAAGUAGAAAUGAAGGACGGGUCAGCCUCCUGAAGGUCAAGGCAUCUGUACAUACCCUGAGCAAAACGCAGAAGACUAAACUCACGGUGGGGAGCCUGGGAUUAGGCCUGAUCAUUAUCCAGCAUGGGCCCUACCUCCAAAUUACCCACCUCAUCAAGAAAGGAGCUGCAGCCAAGGAUGGGAAACUCCAGCCAGGUGAUGUUCUGAUUAGUGUUGGCCAUACCAAUGUGUUAGGAUAUACCCUUCGAGAAUUUUUAAAGCUUUUGCAACAUAUCACCAUAGGGACAGUGCUGCAAAUUAAGGUUUACCGAGAUUUUAUUGAUAUACCCCAAGAAUGGCAAGAAAUACACGAUUUAAUUCCUGAGACGAAAUUCCCAGUGACGUGUACAUCAAAGAAAACUGAGCAGGCAAAAGAUGAAGCUUCCACAAGUAGUGAUGACAAUGAAGAUGUAGUUUUAGAGAAGAGAUUUAAGGAUCACAGUUACCCACGAUCAACGGGGGAUUACCCUGCAAGGAGACCAAUGUCCAUUUCCACAGAGUGGCACGGCUAUAAAAAGGAGAGCCACACUAUUAGUGUAGGAAAAGAUAUUAACUCCGAUGUGAUGAUUCAUGGAGCUCACAAGAAGGACACGAGAGCCCCUUCUCCAUACUGGACCAUGGUGAAGCAAGACAGUGGAAGGUCAUCCUCUUCCUCCUCGGCCUCCGCGACCUCAGAUGUAUUUUGGCUGGAAGACUGUGCCCACAUUGAAAAGGGCAAGGGCCAACCUGGUUAG